GAUCAUUCGCUUCGCUUCACUUUGCUACGAAUCCAAACUCCAAAGCAACAACACAGUGGAUGGGAUGGCGAUGGAGCUCAUCUUUUCCCGCCCGUCCGCUAUGGUCUCAGCAGCACUUGCACGGAAGUUCGUUUUCAUCAACACCGCUUCUUUCUCUAUCAUCACACGCGUACUUUCUCCUUCUCUCUACCAUUUUCGCCCUGCAAUUCCUAAACCACCCUAUUUUGCGCCAUUAGUGCCGCAGCGAAGCUUUUCGAGGAACGGAAGCAGGUUUUGCACCAACGCCGGCGAGCGAAAACGCAACACCUUGGUGAAUUUCUCGUUAUCCGACUCGGAAGACGAUGAUUCAGACUCGUCGGAAGAGAUAAAUAAAAAAGCUCCGGCGAAGGCGGCGGAUAAAUCAAAACCACCUCCGCCGCCGUACGAUCCGUUUAGCAAGAAGGCGGUUAUAGAGGAACCGGACGACCCGAAGAACCUGCAAGAUGUGUUCCACAAGAUGCGCGCGGACGGGAUGAUUAAUAAUGCCGUCAAGAUGUUCGACGGAUUGUCCAAGGACGGGCUGACCCACGAGGCGCUGGAACUCUUCUCGGUGAUCAAAGACAAGUCGGAGAUGCCGGACGUGGUGGCCCACACGGCGGUAAUUGAGGCCUACUGCGACGCAGGCCAGCCCAAGGAGGCUCACAAAGUGUAUCAGCGGAUGCUGGCGUCCGGGGUGCUCCCCAAUGCCUACACUUACAGCGUGCUCAUCAAGUCCCUGGCGACCAGCGGUGAGCCGAAGCUGGUAAAGGAAGCCAAGAAGUAUGUGAUGGAGAUGGUGGAGAAGAGGGGAAUGAAGCCCAACGCGGCCACGCUUGUCCGGAGCUUCGAGGGAUUGGUGGAGGUAGGAAUGGAGGAAGAGGGUAGAGAAUUGGUGGAGAUGGUGAAGAAGAAAGGGGUUGUGCCUGAAGAGGGUAAAGUGAGAGAAGUGUUGAAGAACAAGAGAGGGCCUGUUUAUAGGACAUUGAUGAGCAUCCUCUAUGGAAAAUGAUAUGUAAGUUAAGCCUUUUUAGUUUUGAGUAAUCUCUAUAUAAUCCAUCCUAUUUUAUACAAACUGAUCGAGUCUAUACUUUUGUGUUAACCAAAUUCUCCUAGCCGAAUUGUGUAAAUUAUAGCAUGGAUCAGAGUCUACAUUGCAUUGUAGAUUUUGAUCUAAAAAUAACUUUUAGAUUUUGUAUCUUUAGUUUACAAAUUUUGGCAUGCAGUUGACAGUUUGUGUAUCAGUUAUCA